GCUGACAGCUGCAUUGUAAUUGCAUAAUUGCAUAUAAUAAAUAAUUUAUCAAUGUUCCAGCAUGAUGUACUACUAAGUCGUAAUUUAUUAAAUUUUAAUACAAGUGCUGUUAACAAGACAAAAAAUUUAAUAAAUAAUUAAAAAUAGUCAUGCUAAUAAUACCCCUAAUUGUAAAAACAAUUAAAUCAUUUUCUCGUCAACUUCAAACUCAGACAGGCAUAAAAAACGUUAAAGAUAAUUUAAAGUGGCAAAGAAUAAAAAAUAUGCAAGAAAAAAUGCCAAAAUCAAGAGAUAAUCCAGUGAUAACAAAAUUAAAUAGUCCAGAAUUUCGUUCAAUAUUUACUCCAGAAUUAGAAAUAUUAACAAAGUUAUUUAAAAAAAAUAAUUAUGAGUUACGUGUUGCUGGUGGUGCUGUACGUGAUAUAUUAAUGGAAAAAAUACCUCAUGAUCUUGAUUUUGCAACAAGUGCAACACCAGAUGAAAUGAAAAUAAUGUUUAAUAAUGAAGAAAUAAGAAUGUUAAAUACAAAAGGUGAAAAACAUGGUACAAUAACUGCUAGAAUAAAUGAUAAAGAAAAUUUUGAAGUAACAACAUUAAGAAUUGAUGUUGUAACUGAUGGUAGACAUGCUGAUAUUGAAUUUACAACUGAUUGGAAACUUGAUGCAAAUAGAAGAGAUUUAACAAUAAAUUCAAUGUUUUUAGAUUUUGAUGGUAAUGUUUAUGAUUAUUUUUAUGGUUUUGAUGAUUUAAAAAAUAAACGUGUUGCAUUUGUUGGUGAUGCUGCAACUCGUAUUUGUGAAGAUUAUCUAAGAAUAUUAAGAUACUUUCGGUUUUAUGGAAGAAUAUCUGAUGUUGUUGAUAAUCAUGAGGAUGAUACAAUAAAAGCUAUUAAAGAUAAUGUUAAUGGUCUUGAGCGUGUAUCUGGUGAACGUAUAUGGAGUGAAUGGAGUAAAAUACUUGAUGGUAAAUUUGGAGAUGAAUUGACAAUUAAAAUGUUGGAAUGUGGUGUUGGUAAAUACAUUGGACUACCAGAUAAUCCAAAUAUUGAAAAUUUUAAAUUACAAUGUAAUAAUGCAAAAUUAAAAGGUAUUAAAUUACAUCCAGUUACAAUGGUAUCAUCAUUACUUAAUAAUGAAGAUGAUGUAUUGCAAUUACAUAAUAGACUUCAUUGGUCAUCUUAUAAUCGUGAACUUGCAAUAUUUAUGAUUGUUCAUAGAGAACAAAAAAUAACAACUGAUCCAUUAAAACCAUAUCAGUAUAUUGUAUUAACAACUAGUGGAAAAGUACAAAAUAUACGUGAAUAUAUUGUUGAAAUAUUUAAAUACAAAGGAAUGCCAGAACUUGCUGAAGAAUUUAAAAAUUGGCAACAACCUAAAAUUCCAAUUAAUGGUAAUGAUCUUAAAACACAAUUAACACAUCCAAAAAUUAUGGGUAAAGUUAUUAGUGGAUUAAAAAAAAUAUGGAUUGAUAGUGAUUUUAAAAUGACAAAAGAUGAUUUAUUAAAACAUAUUCCUACUGUUAUUGAAAAUUUAAAAAAAAAAUGAAAUUUUAUAUAUUAUUUUUUUGUUCAAAUUGUAACGAUACAUUUGUAAUUUAAUAUAUAUUUUUUUCAUUUAUUUAA